GCAAACAUGGGACGUUUGAUGGUUGCCUGGCAACGAGAAACUACAACACGAUUGUUGGGACAGACUAUCAACCGAAAGCAGUUAACGCUUUAAGGUUCCUUACUGUGAACAUGUUAAACUAAUUGUAAUCGACAAACAUGGUUCACGACGAUUUACGAGUGGAGUGGAUACGGACACGCGUGUCUGUCGGUUUCGGUUUACCGGACGGUCCCAACAGUUUCGACGAACUGCUAAGUCGGGGAGAUGGAGAAGAAGAGACGAAAAUCAUCCGGUAUUUGGACGAUGUCUCUGUGGAAGACGUGCCAUCAUGUCUUAUGUUUUUCAAAACCAUCAGAGAGGAAGAAAUUGAAGUUAAGAUUCCAGUUGCAAGAAAUAAUGAUAGAGACUCUGCAUAUCCUGAGACGUCCUGGAUCCAAGAUGAAGCAGAGGUACUUUCAGGCUUGGAGGAGACAAAUGAAGAAGGACUCAACGAUAGGACUGAGCUUCAAGUGGUCUAUCGCAUUGAGCUUCAUGCAGCAGUAAAUGAAUAUCCAGAGAGAUUUUUGAAAUCCAGUGUCUUCUACUUUAUCAGGAACAUAAAUGAGACCAUUGAUGAACCAGCUGACAUGAAUGAGGCCAAUGACCUGAUGCCCAGACUUUUUGACUUUGGCUUGUUUAAUGGAGAUCCUCUUUUUGUGCUUAGAAACAGUCUUGCCAAUGUGUACAUGCACUUACUUUCUGCCCAACAAAUGAUGACUGGCACUGGAUAUCAAAGCAUGGCAGAUUCUCCUCAGGAGGAGAGCUCAGUGAAGUCAAACAGACAAGUCACGGUUCGUGAUGAGUUGCUCAACAGGGCAUGCAAGUUUUUGGGAGUGAUCAACUCAACUUUCCAAAGGAAACUUCAGAUUCAAGAUGAGAUUACGAUGCACAUCCCUGAACUAGACCUGGAGCCUGAGGUGGAUGUACUGCUGUCUAAUCCAGAGAUGGUAGAGAAGCUGGAGCAGUGUGUGAUGAACUGGCAGACUCAGAUUACCGUUGUUAUCGAGGAGCAGCAAAGCAAAAAGCCACAGGCAUCCGGCCCUUUGGCUGAGAUAGCUUUUUGGCAGGAGCGUUCAUCCAUCCUGAAUGCUCAGAGUGAGCAACUUAAACACCCUGUGGUGAAAAAGAUCUUGGAGGUGAUGACCAAAGCAGAUGCAGGUGUCGUUCAGACCCUGGAAGGAACAGUUGCUGAACUUACCAAAUACCGCGUGGAGUCAGAUGAUAAUUUACGCUUCCUCGGCACAAUGGAAAGACACUUCACGAAUAUGGCCACUGGAGCAGAUUUUGGUGUGAUCCUGGAGAACAUCAAUCCUCUGAUGGAAAGCCUGCAGAUUGUGUGGAUAAUGUCUUGUCACUAUAACACCAAUGAGCGUAUGGUCCCUCUAAUGGAGCGCAUUGCCUGGCAGCUGUGUGAACGUGUGGAUCAAGCAAUUAAUGUCCACACACUAUUCAAAGAAAAGAGCGACAAGGCGAAAUCCAAGGUGCAUGUUGCUAAGCAGGUUCUGGACCAGUGGAAGUCAUCCUACUUUAGGAUUCGUGCUGAAAUUGAAAAAUCAAGCAGGAAUUCACGCUGGGAAUUUGACCGGAAGAGACUGUUCAGGAGGACUGAUUACAUGGCUUCUGUCUGCCAGGACCUGUACAAUGUUUUGCAGGUUUUGGAGGAGCUCAAUAACAUUUUUGGUCCAGAACUUAAAAGUGUGACCAGUGACCCAAAAGGCAUCGAUGAUGUGCUGUGCAGAGUGAACAGUCUGAUAUUGCCCAUUGAGGGUGUCAGUUUUAAUCCUUUCAACAUCUGUGAGAUGAACAGAUGGAAAGUUGUCAUGCAGGACUUCAACUCUGAAGUUCAGGAUAUUGAAAGAGAGGCCAUCAACUUCAUUGAUCAGUCUUUCAAGACACUGCGCUCUUCAGCAGCCGCCUUUAAGAUGCUCCUGAAAUUCAAACACAUCCGUUCCAGAGUGGUCAUCAAUAACCAUUUGAUGGGAAAGUUUAAUGACAUUCUGACUCAGUACUGCAAAGAGGUGGACAAUAUAUGUAAAAUCUUUGAGGAAGAGAAAGACAGCCCAGAGCUAAGUAAGGGCGAGCCUCCUGUGGCAGGAGCCAUCAGGUGGGCCCGAUCACUUUCCUACCGCACCAAACAAACAAUCCUUCCCUUCUUGGAAGCGCCGGAGAUGCAGGGAUGUGAACAGAGAAACGAGGCCAUAUACAAGUAUGAGAAAAUGGCAGUGCAGCUCAGGGACUAUGCGGUGAAGAAGUAUGAGGACUGGCUGGCUAAGGCAAAACACAUGAUUCCAUUGCUAAUGAAAAAAAACCUGUUGGUCACGAAUACAGGACCGGAUGUCCCACCAGAUAAAUCAGGCAGACGGGAUGUGCGAUACAUAGUGAACUUUCCUCCAGAGCUCAUGGAAAUCAUUUCUGAAGUAUACUACUUUGACUCGCUGGGCUACUCUGUGCCUCAACAGGCUGAAAGCGUUGCUCUACAGCGGGACAAAUUCCAGAGUUAUAUUGCUGAUCUAUGGAAGAUGGUCAACUGCUACCACUCUGUAAUGGACAGCCUGAGUGAGACAAAGUCCAUUAUACUGGCUCAGCGGAUCAUAGCUGUCAGAAAAGAACUGUAUUAUGGGUCCCAAAGAGUCAACUGGAAUUCUUUGAGCAUCCAAGACUUCAUCAACCGAGGCAUGCAGGCUGUCUCUAAGUUUGAGUCAGUUGUCAAUAAGAUUCAGAACAAUGAGAGAGAUAUUGAAUCCAAGUUGCAAUCCAUUGAAAUGGCCAACUUACUGAAAUUUCCCGUACCAGAUAAAUCCAACGACUUACCAGCUGUCAAGGAGUUUUUUGAACACACUGAGCAAGAGCGGGCCAAAACCUUGACAUUGCUGAGUAGGAAAUAUGCUGAUAUUGGACCCCUCAUCACUAAGACAGAACAUUUGGUCAUGGAAACCACCACUGGCAAGGCCAAAGACAUGGAAGAUUAUUACACAUACUGGGAGCGCAGAGUGUAUGACUCGCUUAUAAAAAUGGUGCUAAGGAACAUCCAGGCGUUUGACAAGGCACUCAUGGGAAGUACUGCUCUUUUCCAAAUUUAUGCCAUUCUCUCUGCCCCUGAGAUUGUGUUGCAGCCUAGAAGUAAUGAGAUCUACCGGGUGACCAUGCAGUGCAUCAGAAACUGUGUAGAGAGCACCAAGCAAUUUGUGCGUUGGAUGAAUGGGACCUGUAUUGAGUGCAAACCACAACGGGUGGAUGGUGAAGAGGAAUUGGUGAUAUUGAGCUUCUUCAGUGAAGUGUGUCCACAUCCUCAGAUAAAUGAGAGUGCAAAGUCAGUGUCCCAGAACAUCCAGCGGCUGCUCCUGUCUGUGGAUCAAUACCUUAACCACUGGAAACGCUAUCGGCCCCUUUGGGAAAAAAACAAAAGCAUUGUCAAUGAAAAGUUUGCUGCAAGAAAACCAUCCUGUGUCAUGUAUGAUGAUAAGUUUCAGUCCCUUUCUCAUAUGAAACAGGAAGUGAUGCUGGAGCCUUUGUUUAGGAAUGAGCACAUUGUCCAUCUAAACCUGCAGCCUCUGGCUCAAAUAGUGCAGAAGACUGCUGAGUCCUGGAUCAGUUCACUUGGUAGCUUGCUCAACAAGUCUGCCAAAGAGGAUCUCUUCAAUUUGAGAGAUGAACUGAUGGAACUUUCUGAGAUGCUGAAACAGAGCCCUGACACUAUUGAAGACCUGAAGUCUGUCUUUAAAACCAUCUCAGCCAUCAGGGACAUGUCUUUGGAUGUACAGUUGAGGUUCCUUGAUAUCCAGGAAAGAUACAGAACACUUGCCAUGUACAAUGUAGAGAUUAGAGAGGAGGAACUAGAGUUGGUGGCCAAGAUUGACCAGAUGUGGAGUGACCUGUUUACUGAGUCCAGACAAGUGGAUCGAAGUCUGACAGAUGUGAAGAAAUCAUUUACUGCAGUUACAACAGAGAAGAUUCAAGAGUUUAGGAUGGAGGUAUCUAUCUUUGCUGAAAGCUUCAACAUGCAUGGUCCUGGAGCUGUGGGAGAUGAUUUGGAGAAAGGAUUGACCAUUAUGGGAAAAUAUGAAGCAGACCUUGCCAAUGUAGUGGCAGAACAGCUGGAGCUUGCUAAUGCCGAACAGCUGCUGGAUCUGCCAGUCACUGUGUACCCAGAAGUGAUCAGCAUUCAGAAAGAAAUGAAGGGCUUGAGGCAGAUAUAUGAUGUCUAUAAAGCUCAGCAGGAUGCAAAGAGAGAGUGGUCUCAGACCUUGUGGGUGGAUUUAAACAUGGAGCUGCUACAGCAGGGCAUUGAUGGAUUCAUCAAAAGCUUGAAAAAGUUACCAAAAGAUGUUAAGGCAUUGCCUGUGGCCUUCUUCCUAGAAGGACGCAUGAAGGAGUUCAGAGAGUCUCUGCCUCUUCUGCUGGACCUGAAGAAUGAAGCCCUCAGAGACAGACACUGGAAGGAACUGAUGGACAGGACUGGCACUAGCUUUGAGAUGAAUUCUGAAAGCUUCACUCUGGAGAACAUGUUUGCAAUUGAGUUGCACAAAUAUGCGAAUGUCAUUGGUGACAUUGUCACCGCUGCUGUAAAGGAGCUCAGUAUUGAAAAGGGAGUGAAGGAGGUAGUGAAGACCUGGGAAAACAUGAAGUUCAGUGUGAUGCCCUAUUUUAAAGGCACCCGGCAAUGUGGUUCUAUUCUGGGUUCAGUGGACGAGAUUCAACUAAACGUAGACAAUGAUGCCAUGAACUUACAGGGCAUGGCAGGAACCUCUUUUGUUGGACCUUUUCUUGGUACCAUACAACAAUGGGAAAAAGAUCUGUCCCUUAUCAGUGAGACCAUACAGGUAUGGUUGCUGGUACAACGAAAAUGGAUGUACCUGGAGAGUAUAUUCAUUGGUGGAGACAUUAGUUCGCAGUUACCCGAGGAAGCCAAGAAAUUUGAUAACAUUGACAAAAACUUUAAAAAAAUAAUGAGUGACACAGUGAAGGAUCCAAACAUUAAGCGGUGUUGCCUGGUUCCCAACCGACUAACAGACCUGCAGACACUAAGCGAUGGUCUAGAGAAGUGCCAGAAGAGUCUAAAUGACUAUCUGGAUUCCAAACGGAACGUGUUUCCUCGCUUCUUUUUCAUUUCUGAUGAUGAACUGCUCAGCAUUUUAGGAAGCAGUGACCCUGCCUGUGUCCAGGAGCACAUGAUCAAGAUGUAUGACAACAUAGCAUCUUUGAGGUUUGAUGUGGAAAGCAAUGGCGAGACAGUAGCUGGGGCCAUGGUGUCUGCUGAAGGUGAGGUGAUGGAGCUGAAGAAGCCUGUGCAAGUGGAGGGCAGGGUGGAGGAGUGGAUGACAGAAGUACUACUGGAGAUGAGAAGGACUAAUAGACUCAUCACUAAAGAAGCAAUCUACUGCUACUGUGAAGACAGAGGCAGGGUGGAUUGGAUGAUGCUGUACCAGGGCAUGAUGGUGCUAGCUGCAAAUCAAGUGUGGUGGACGUGGGAGCUCGAGGAUGCCUUUGAAUCCAUGGAGAAAGGAGACAAGGACGCAGUGAAAAACUUUUCAAAGAAAGUGCACCAUCAAAUUGAUGAGCUCGUAACACGCAUUGCCCAACCUAUGAAGAAAAACGACAGACGAAAGAUUAACACUGUGCUUAUCAUCGAUGUCCAUGCAAGAGACAUUGUCGACAACAUUAUGCAAAACUGGAUAACGAAUGCACGAGCAUUUGAGUGGGAAAGCCAACUAAGAUUCUACUGGCUCAGGGAACCUGACGACCUAUUUGUGCGUCAGUGCAGUGCUUCGUUCUCUUAUGGCUAUGAAUACAUGGGGUUGAACGGUCGAUUGGUAAUAACCCCACUGACGGACCGUAUCUACCUCACCAUCACACAGGCCCUCUCUAUGUACUUGGGUGGAGCUCCUGCUGGACCAGCUGGCACUGGAAAGACAGAGUCCACCAAAGAUCUAGCCAAGGCUUUAGGCCUGCUCUGUGUGGUUACAAACUGCGGUGAGGGCAUGGACUGCCUGGCUGUAGGAAAGAUCCUUUCUGGCCUUGCCCAGUGUGGAGCGUGGGGCUGCUUUGAUGAGUUCAAUCGAAUCGAUGCCUCAGUGUUGUCAGUCAUCUCUUCCCAAAUCCAGACUAUCCGCAGUGCUCUCAUUCUGCAUCUCAAACGGUUUAGUUUUGAAGGGCAAGAGAUUACCCUGGACAGCCGCAUAGGUAUUUUCAUCACCAUGAACCCGGGUUAUGCAGGACGCACAGAGCUGCCAGAAUCAGUCAAAGCCCUCUUCAGGCCUGUCGUGGUCAUUUUGCCUGACCUGCAGCAGAUUUGUGAGAUCAUGCUCUUCUCUGAGGGCUUCCUAAUGGCCAAGGUGCUGGCAAAGAAGAUGACAGUGCUGUAUAAGCUGGCUCGUGAGCAGCUUUCCAAGCAGUCCCAUUAUGACUUUGGCCUGCGAGCUCUGAAGUCUGUCCUAGUGAUGGCAGGAGAGCUGAAGAGAGGCUCACCAGACCUCAGUGAGGACGUGGUGUUGAUGCGUGCCCUCAGGGACAUAAACCUGCCUAAGUUUGUGUUUGAGGAUGUGCCUCUGUUCCUCGGGCUGAUAUCAGACCUGUUCCCUGGGCUGGACUGCCCUCGUGUUCACUACCCUGACUUUAACUCUGCCGUGGAACAGAUCCUCCAAGAGAACAAAUACAUCAUACUGCCUAACCAGGUGGAUAAAGUGGUGCAGCUGUACGAGACCAUGAUGACUAGACAUACUACUAUGAUUGUAGGUCCAACAGGUGGCGGAAAAUCAGUUGUGAUCAGCACAUUGUGCCAAGCUCAGACCAAAUUAGGAUUGCAAACCAAGUUGUAUCCCCUGAACCCUAAAGCAAUGAGUGUCAUUGAACUUUACGGUAUUCUGGACCCUGACACUCGAGAUUGGACUGAUGGGAUCUUAUCCAACAUUUUCCGGGACAUCAACAAGCCUACUGACAAAAAAGAGCGGAGGUACAUCCUGUUCGAUGGGGACGUGGAUGCUCUGUGGGUCGAGAAUAUGAACUCGGUGAUGGAUGACAACAAGCUCCUCACUCUAGCCAAUGGAGAACGGAUUCGGUUACAGAAUCACUGUGCCCUGUUGUUUGAGGUUGCAGAUCUGCGUUAUGCCUCCCCUGCUACUGUUUCCCGCUGUGGGAUGGUUUAUGUUGACCCUCAAAACCUGCGAUACACCCCAUACUGGCAGAGAUGGGUGACCAACAGACCUGGCAAGGAACAAGAAGUGCUCAACAAACUGUUUGAAAAAUAUGUGCACAGAUCGAUUGACAUGAUUGUGGAAGGUAUCAUUGACGGUAAACAGGGCCAGAAACUGAAGUCUGUUGUUCCUCAGACAGAUCUGAACAUGGUAAUUCAGCUGUGCUUGACACUGGAUGCACUGCUUGAGAAUGAGAGCAGCAGUGCUGAAGUCCUGGAGUGUUACUUCCUGGAAGCUCUGUACUGCUCACUAGGUGCCACAUUGUUGGAGAGCAGCAGGAUUAAGUUUGAUGAGUUCAUCAAAAGGCUUUCCUGCUUAACGACAGUGCAUGAUGAGAAAGCCCUGGCUGGCCCUGGUGAGAUUCCAGGAUACCUCCCAACUCUGUAUGAUUUCCAUUUUGAUGGAACACAGGCGAAGUGGGUUCCCUGGAAUUCCCUGGUCACCAAAUACAUCCACAACCCUGAAAUGAAAUUUGCUGAUAUUCUAGUGCCAACUAUCGAUACCACGAGAGCCAGCUGGAUCCUGGAACAGAUGGUGAAGAUAAAGAGACCAGUGCUUCUGGUUGGAGAGUCUGGCACUUCCAAAACUGCCACCAUUCAUAACUACCUGAAGAACCUGAAUGCAGAUACAAGGAUUAGUCUGAUCAUCAACUUCUCAUCCAGGACCACUUCAAUGGACCUGCAGAGGAACCUUGAGGCCAAUGUGGAGAAAAGGACCAAAGGGACCUAUGGGCCUCCUAUGGGGAAGAGACUGCUGAUCUUUGUUGAUGACAUGAACAUGCCAAAGGUGGAUAGUUACGGUACACAGCAGCCUAUUGCACUUCUGAAGCUGUUAUUGGACCGAGGAGGCAUAUAUGACAGAGGGAAGGAGCUUAACUACAAAAUCCUCAAGGAUCUUGGCUUUAUUGCUGCCAUGGGAAAGGCAGGAGGUGGGAGAAAUGAAGUGGAUCCCCGCUUUGUCUCACUCUUCAGUGUCUUCAACAUCCCCUUCCCUUCAGUAGACUCCCUCCAACUCAUCUAUGCUUCCAUUAUCAAAGGCCACACCAGACCAUUCACUGAUGUCGUACGGAGUGUUUGUGAUAAAAUCAUCAUCUGCACACUGGAACUUUACAACAACAUCAUCAAAGAUCUGCCACCCACUCCCUCCAAGUUCCACUACAUCUUCAACCUGAGGGAUCUGUCUAGAGUCUUCAAUGGACUGACCCUCACCGAACCUGACAGUUUUUCGACUGUCACCCAAUUUGUCCGUGUGUGGAGAAAUGAGUGUCUGAGAAUCUUCCAUGACAGACUCAUAGAUGAAACUGACAAAACCUUGGUUCAAGGUCACAUAAGAAACCUGAUUGAGGAGCAUUUCAAGUCAGACCUGGAGGCAGUCAUGAGGGACCCAGUUCUUUUUGGAGACUAUGGGACAGCACUCAGUGACACUGAACCUAGGAUCUAUAAGGAUAUAUGGGACUAUGAUGUUGCAAAAGCCUUGUUUCAGGGAAUUCUAGAGGAAUAUAAUAUCAACAAAUCAGGAAUGAAUCUCGUUCUGUUUGACGAUGCUCUGGAACAUCUGACCCGGGUGCACCGUAUAAUUCGCAUUGAUCGUGGCCACGCACUGCUCGUUGGUGUAACAGGCUCCGGCAAGCAGUCCCUCACCAAGCUCGCUGCGUUCGCUGCCGGCUGUGAGGUAUUUGAGAUAACAUUAAGCAGAGGAUACAGUGAGUCAAACUUCCGUGAUGAACUGAAAACACUGUACUUGAAGCUUGGCAUUGAAAAUAAAAAGACAGUUUUCCUCUUUACGGAUGGCCAUGUUGUUGAGGAAGGCUUCUUGGAACUCAUUAAUAACAUGCUCACCUCAGGAAUUGUUCCUGCGUUGUUCCCUGAUGAUGAGAGGGAGUCGGUUAUUAACCAGCUCCGGGAUGAGGCUCUUAAGAUGGGAGCAGGUCCUUCUAAAGAAUGUGUGUGGCAUUACUUUGUCAACAAGAGUGCCAACAACCUACACAUUGUUUUAGGCAUGUCUCCAGUGGGAGACACCCUGAGGUCACGCUGCAGGAACUUCCCAGGGCUGAUGAACAACACAGUGAUAGACUGGUUCCUGCCAUGGCCUCCACAGGCGUUACUUGCAGUGGCUCAGUCUUUUCUUGGUGAAAGUCCAAUGAUUCCUGAGACACACUCUACAGAAGUGAUAGGUCAUGUAUGCAUGGUCCAUAGCUCUGUGGGCGAGUACAGUAGGCUAUUCCUGCAGAAACUCCGGCGGUGUAACUUUGUUACUCCAAAGAACUACUUGGACUUCAUUAACACGUAUUCUAAGCUCUUGGAUGAAAAAGGCCAGUAUAUCCUGGCUCAGUGCAAGCGUCUGGAGGGAGGUUUGCAUAGACUUGUGGAGGCCACUGAGCAGUUGGCCGAUCUGAAUGUGAAGCUAGCAGAGCAGAAGGUGGUCCUCGCUGAAAAGUCCACAGCUUGUGAGGCCCUUCUGGAUGAGAUAACCGCAAACACAACUGUAGCUGAGGAGAAAAAGACUCUGGCAGAAGAUAAGGCUGAAGAGAUUCAAGAGCAGAACAAAGUGAUAGCCGUGGAGAAGAAAGAAGCUGAAGCUUCCUUGGCCGAAGCUCUGCCAGUAUUAGAAGCAGCCCGCAAUGCCUUGAAAGAUCUGGAAAAAUCAGAUGUCACAGAGAUCAGAUCCUUUGCCAAGCCACCCAAACAGGUGCAGGUGGUCUGUGAGUGCAUCCUGGUGAUCCGUGGCUACAAGGAGAUCAGUUGGCAGUCAGCCAAGACAAUGAUGUCGGAGACAAACUUCCUUCACACGCUGAUGGAGAUGGACUGUGAUUCAAUAAGUAACAGCCAGAUCAACACUGUCAAAGGCUUCCUGAGGAACCUCCGCACAAGCUUUGAGGAGAUGCAAGCCAUCAGUAAGGCUGGCUCAGGAAUGUUCAAGUUUGUGGAGGCUGUUGUAGGUUACUGUGAUGUUGCCAAGGUUAUAAAACCCAAGAGAGACAAGGUGGCACGGCUGGAGAAGGACUUCUUUCAGAGUAAGCGGGAGCUGAACCGCAUUCAGAGCGAGCUUAGUAGUAUACAGAAUGAGUUGCAGACUCUUGGAGAGAAGUAUCAAGCUGCUAUUGAGGAAAAGCAACUGCUAGAAGAAGAGGCUGAGCUCAUGGAGAGGAGACUGAUAGCUGCUGACAAACUCAUCUCUGGCCUGAGUUCUGAGAAUGAACGAUGGACACAAGAUUUGGAGGAGUUGAAGCAGCGACGCGUGCUCCUCCUGGGUGACUGUCUGAUCUCUGCUGCUUUCCUGAGCUAUGAGGGGGCCUUCAGCUGGGACUUCAGGAAUGAAAUGGUAUACCAAAAAUGGGCUAGGGAUGUGCAGGAGAGAGGCAUCCCUUUGAGCCAGCCUUUUAAAGUGGAAAAUCUUCUGACUGAUGAGGUCGAAAUCAGCAGAUGGGGCUCAGAGGGCUUGCCUCCAGAUGAGCUUUCAUUGCAGAAUGGAAUCCUCACAACUAGGGGGAGCCGAUUUCCCAUGUGUAUUGACCCUCAACAGCAAGCCCUCAACUGGAUUAAGAAGAAGGAAGAAAAGAAUAGCCUCAAGGUCUCAUCUUUCAAUGAUCCGGACUUCCUGAAGCAGCUAGAAUUGGCUAUCAAAUAUGGCUUCCCAUUCCUUUUCCAAGAUGUAGAUGAGUACAUCGACCCUGUGAUUGACAAUGUCCUUGAGAAGAAUGUAAAAGGAGCCGAGGGCAGACAGGUCAUUAUGCUGGGUGACAAGGAGGUUGACUAUAAUCCCAACUUUAAACUCUACCUCAACACCAAACUGGCUAACCCCAAAUUUUCCCCAUCCGUGUUUGGAAAAGCCAUGGUCAUCAACUAUACUGUGACCCUUAAGGGUCUGGAGGACCAGCUGCUGUGUGUUAUCAUGGGCUUUGAGAAAAAGGAGUUGGAGGAGCAGCGUGAGAAUUUGAUCCAAGAGACAAGCAACAAUAAGAAGCUGCUGAAGAACCUUGAGGACUCCCUGCUCAGAGAGCUGGCCACAUCUACAAGCAACAUGUUGGAUAACACAGAACUGAUUCACACACUGGAGGAAACAAAGUCAAAAGCCAGUGAGGUAUUUGAGAAGCUGCGGUUGGCUGAGAAGACAUUUAUGGACAUUGAUAAACUCAGAGAAGCCUACCGGCCUGCUGCUAAGCGUGGUGCUGUUCUGUUCUUCGUACUGACCGAAAUGGCUCUGGUGAACAGCAUGUACCAGUACUCUCUGGCCUCCUACCUGGAGGUGUUUGAUUUUUCACUGCGCAAAUCCCUGCCCAACUCUAGCCUGAGUCAAAGACUGACGAACAUCAUAAACACUCUGACAUACAGUGUCUAUAACUACGGCUGCACAGGUCUGUUUGAGAGACACAAGCUGCUCUUUUCCUUUAACAUGGCCAUCAAGAUUGAGCAAGCAGAAGGGAGGGCGCCUCAGGAGGAGUUGGAGUUCUUUAUCAAGGGCAAUCUAUCCCUGGAAAAGAGCAAGCACAAAAAGCCUUGUGACUGGCUUCCAGAGCAGGGCUGGGAGGACAUAGUGAAACUCGCAGAGCUCUUUCCUGAGCAGUUUGGCUCUCUACCUGAUGACAUAGAGAAAAAAGCCACUGAAUGGAAAUCUUGGUAUGACUUAGAUGGACCAGAACAGUCUCCGUUCCCCGAGAAAUAUAAGGAGAACCUGUCAGACUUUCAGAAGCUGUUGUUGCUGCGCUGUUUCCGCAUUGACAGAGUCUACAGAGCUAUGACUGACUAUGUCACUAACACCAUGGGCGAGAAAUAUGUACAGCCCCCUAUGAUCAACUGUGAUGCAAUUUAUGAGCAGAGCACACCUUCCUCUCCCAUUGUCUUCAUCCUGAGCCCCGGGUCUGAUCCUACCAGUGACCUCAUGAAACUAGCAGAGAGGUCUGGCUUUGGUGGCAACAAGUUCAGGUUCCUUGCCAUGGGCCAAGGCCAAGAGAAGGUGGCACUGCAGUUCCUGGAUAAGGCAGCAUCCAUGGGUCAGUGGUUGAUGCUACAGAACUGCCACCUGAUGGUAAAGUGGCUAAAGGAACUGGAGAAGUGCUUGGAGAAGAUCACCAAGCCCAACCCCAAAUUCCGCUUGUGGAUCACCACCAAUCCCAUUCAGGAUUUUCCCAUUGGUAUACUGCAAAAUUCUCUGAAGGUAGUGAUGGAGCCUCCCAGUGGUCUCAAGCUAAACAUGAUAGCCACAUACUCUAAAAUCUCCAGUGGGACCUUGACUGCAUGCCCACACCCUGCCUUCCGCAGCCUGGUGUAUGUGCUGUCCUUCUUCCAUGCUGUGGUGCAAGAGAGACGCAAGUACGGCAAGAUUGGUUGGAAUGUCCCGUAUGACUUCAAUGAGUCUGACCUCUUCGUGUGUCUGGAGAUCCUCGAGACUUACCUGACAAAAGCUCACAACCAAGGAGACAAAUUUAUUCCCUGGGGAAGUCUUAAAUACCUUAUCGGGGAGGUGAUGUAUGGUGGGCGAGCCAUCGAUAGCUUUGAUCGCCGGGUCUUGACUGUCUACGUGGAUGAGUAUUUUGGAGACUUCCUCUUCUACACCUUUCGGCGCUUCCACUUCUACAAGGACAAGGCUGUAGCUUACAAGAUCCCUCCAAAUGGGCCCAAGAAAACAUAUGUUGAUGAGAUUGAAUCCAUGCCACUGGCAAACACAGCAGAGGUACUGGGUCUUCAUUCCAAUGCAGAUAUAGGAUACUACACACAGGCAGCUAAAGACAUUUGGACUCACCUAAUAGACCUGCAGCCUCAGACAGGUGAAUCUGGUGGAAGCAUCAGUAGGGAUGAGUACAUCAGCCAGGUGGCCCAGGAAAUUCAGGACAAGCUGCCCAAGUUAUUCGACAUAGACGUGAUCCGUAAAAAGCUUGGCACAGACAUUUCCCCGACGUCAGUGGUGCUGCUUCAAGAACUGGAGCGCUUCAACAAGCUGGUGGUCUGCAUGCAGCACUCUUUGACUGAGCUGCAGAGGGCCUUGGCUGGUGAGGUUGGUAUGAGCAGUGAGUUGGAUGAGGUCGCUUGGGCCCUUUUUAAUGGUCAGAUCCCAGCCAUUUGGAAGAAGCUGGCACCUGACACUCUGAAGUCCCUUGGCAACUGGAUGAGCCACUUCAAGAGGCGUUAUGAACAGUAUAGCUCCUGGGUUGAUGAAGGAGAGCCAAAGGUUAUGUGGCUAUCGGGACUCCAUAUCCCUGAGUCCUACCUGACAGCUGUGGCCCAAGCUGCAUGCAGGAAAAAUGGCUGGUCUCUGGAUCUUACCGUAAUGUACACACAGGUGACCAAGUACCGCAGUGAUGAUGAAGUCAGUGACAGACCUGGACAGGGCUGCUAUGUAUCCGGCCUGUAUCUGGAAGGGGCAGACUGGGACACUGAGGAGGGCUGUCUUGUGAGGAGUAAACCAAGAGCUCUGGUUGUUGAACUGCCCAUUCUCAAAGUCCUCAUCAAGGAGACAGAACGCCUCUGGUUACUGAAUACUCUGCGCACACCGGUGUACACCACAUCUAUGCGGAGGAAUGCAAUGGGUGUGGGCUUGGUGUUUGAGGCAGACCUGUUCACCACCUUGCACCUGUCCCACUGGGUGCUCCAGGGAGUCUGUUUAUGCCUCAAUGCUGACUAAAGACAAGCUCAGCCUCACUGAGCUGGUUAGAGUUAUGCAAGUUAUUAGUUAAGUCUCACUUUUAUGCAGUCACAGACUGUUUAAGAAUAAAAGUCAGGUUUAUAGUAUAUUAUAUAUGUAAGCUGUUUCCAAAUUCUUGAAACAUGGAAGUGGAAACAAAAAGUUUUACACAAAACACUGUUGAAGCUUAUUCAGUAUUUUCAGAGCUGUUUGAAACAAAUACAGGAAAUGUCAGCAUUUUAAAUAAAUGACACGUUUAAAAAAUCA